AUGGUGAGAGUGAGAACACUUGCCAGCACAAAUGAAGAGAUACCUGAUCUUUCAAUUCUGAAGUUUGAUGCUGCUGCAAACAUUAUAAUACUCUGUGCAAGUGUUGGUGUCUUUGCAAUUUGUCCAAAGCUCUACAAUCUAAAGCUGAUAGACUCUAAGAAUUAUGCCUUCCAGCUCAGAAAAUCACCACUAUACCAAUUGAAGUGGAUCACUGCAGACAAAGUAAAGGAAGAGCUGGAAAUCAUAAAUUAUGGUCUAUUUUUGCCAAAGAAAUUGCAAGAUUAUGUGAUUGCACUGCAGGACAUGGGUAGCAAAGCACUGAACCACAUGGAGAGAACUCUGGCUUCAAGUCUUGCUCUCCAUCAGAACAGAAAGUUGAAGAAUCAGCAUGAGGUAUUGAAAGCAGAGCUGAGAGUGAUUGCUGGCAAAUCAGCAUCUAUUCUAUCAAAGAGUGAUGAAUUUACUGCCUUUGCAAACAUCAUGAUAAUUUGUGCCUGUCUUAGAGUUUACACCAUGGAUCCACAGGGAGAUGAAGACAUCUACCACUACAUGAACUUUAAGACUCACACUGCUCAGCUUCACUUGUCACCACUGUAUAAGAGCAUGAAGAUUACAUCUGAGAAAGCACAAACCAAGUUUGAUUGCAUUAUCCUCUUUCAACCUAAAGAAGAUCAUUGA